GCGCUGGGUUCUUGGCGCACUGGGAGCACUGGGGGCGCUGGGUUCUCGGCGCACUGGGAUCACCGGGAGCACUGGGGGCGCUGGCGGUGCUGGGGGCGCUGCUGGCGCUGCUGCCGCCCCCCGCCCCGGCCGAGACCUUCUCUGCCAUGCUGAGCGUGCGGGCAGCGCUGGGCGCCGAGCGCCGCCUGCUCCGCCGGCUCCGCUCCUACCUGCGGGACGAGAGCUCCCGCCUGCGCCUCCUCCGCAGGUUCUAUGAGAAGGUCCAGGCACUGCACCAGGACCCCGAGGCCUCGGUGGACAACCCCUUGUUGGCCUUCAGCCUCAUCAAGCGCCUGCACUCGGACUGGCCCAACAUCAUCUACAGCGAGGAGGCCACCAGGAACACCGAGGCACUCCAUGCUGGCCUCAGGGAGGUGGAGCAGGAGCUGCCUGGAGCCGAGGACCUGGACGGGGCCGCCAGGGCGCUGAUGAGGCUGCAGGAUGUGUACGCCCUGAGCGUCAAGGGCUUGGCCAGCGGCGUCUUCCAGAGAGCCGGGCACCCGCCCCUCUACAGCCCCGGCCGGCGCGCCUCCCUCUCUGCCGACGACUGCUUCCACGUGGGAAAGGUGGCCUAUGACACAGGUGACUAUUACCACUCCAUUGCCUGGCUGGAGGAGGCUGUCAGCCUCUUCCGCCUCUCCUACGGCAGCUGGAACCUGGAGGACCGGAGCAGCCUGGAGGAUGCUCUGGACCAUCUGGCCUUCUCCUACUUCAUGGCUGGAAACAUCUCUCACGCCUUGAGCCUCUCCAGGGAGUUUCUCCGCUACGAUCCCAGAAACCAAAGGGUGUCGAGGAACGUGGCCAAGUACAAGAAGCUGCUGGAGAUGGGGAUGGGGGCAAGUGCCAGGCCCCUGCAGCGCCCCAACAGCACCCGCCUGCAGAGCCGAGAUGCCUACGAGGAGCUGUGCCAGCGCCCCAGGGAGCAGCCAGCCCCAGAGCAGCUCCCGCACCUCGGCUGCUCCUACGAGACCAACGGCAGCCCCUUCCUCCUCCUCCAGCCUGCCAAGAAGGAGAUGGUCCGGAUCCAGCCCCACGUGGCUCUGUACCACGAUUUCAUCACCGAUGCUGAGGCUGAGACUAUCAAGGGGUUGGCAGGGCCCUGGCUGCAGAGAUCCGUGGUUGCCUCUGGGGAGAAGCAGCAGAAGGCCGAGUACCGCAUAAGCAAGAGCGCCUGGCUGAAGGACACGGCCGACCCCGUGGUGCGGGCGCUGGAUCGGCGCAUGGCCGCCCUCACCGGGCUGGACCUGCGGCCGCCCUACGCCGAGCACCUGCAGGUGGUCAACUACGGCUUGGGAGGCCACUACGAGCCACACUUCGACCACGCCACGUCCAUGAAGAGCCCCCUGUACAGGAUGAAGUCGGGCAACAGGAUCGCCACAAUCAUGAUCUACCUGAGUGCAGUGGAGGCUGGAGGCUCCACUGCUUUCAUCUAUGCCAACUUCAGCGUGCCCGUGGUCAAGAAUGCAGCUCUUUUCUGGUGGAACCUGCGGAGGAACGGGAAUGGUGAUGGGGACACCCUCCACGCCGGCUGCCCCGUCCUGGCCGGGGACAAGUGGGUGGCCAAUAAGUGGAUCCACGAGCACGGGCAGGAAUUCCGGCGGCCGUGCAGCGCUGACCCACAGGACUGAGCUGUGUGGGACCACGGAUGUGACAUCUGCAGGUGGCAAAGCCACCCGGCACAGCAUCUCCCCAGGGAGGGAGGGAGGGGAGGGGGCAGCAGCAGAGCAGAGCGUGAUCGCAAGGGGCACUUGCUCAACCACGGCCAGACUGGGUGGAAAUAAAGUCUUUUAUAAACCCGAGUCUGUUCUGGGGUGCCAAACCCUAUCCCUGGGGCUCCCAUCCGUUAGGGAAUGCCAAAAUCCAGUCUCGGGGAGAGGCAGCUCCUUCCAGCCGUGCUGGCCCCCCGCCUGCCUGCAGACAAGCUCCCUUUCUCCCCGCCGGCCGCAGCCCCGACGUGACCGGGAGGCCGAGAGCGGGGAGCCGGGACCUGCGCGGCCCUCGCUCCGUGCCCAGCGAUGCCUGCUGUGGUUUCCUAUUCCCGUUCUCGCUCCGUGCCCAGCGAUGCCUGCUGUGGUUUCCUAUUCCCGUUCUCGCUCCGUGCCCAGACGCCUGCUGCAGCCCCAGGGAGCUCGGGCCCUCGCGGCCCGUCCCGAAGGCUCCGUGCCCGCCGCUCCAAGCGGACCGGGCUCCCUCAGCCCGCUCAGCUAGCCUGGCCUGUGUUAGCCUAGGCAACACGG